UUGAUUUCUUGCUUUCCCUUCGACUUGGCUUUCUUUUGGCCAGACAGGACCCUGCUUUCCCGAGGACAAACAGCCCACACCAAUCAUUGCGCACGCCUUGCACACGUCCCUUUCAGCUCCCCCCGGGCACAGACAAACCGCAAACACUGCCGUAGGUGCUUCCAUAGGAGUGAUGGCAACGCACAGACCGCGAGUUCGACUUCAGAUGGUGACCAUUACAUUAUUAUACAUAGCAUACGGUGAUGACAGAUGACCCCGGAUGUCGCCACAAUGCUCUAGCACAAUCCCCUUCGGUUGGGUUAGGAUAGGGCUAGGGUAGGGCUACUGUCUGCUGUCUUCAUUGUUCUCACACCUCGGAACAUACCAUAAUCUUGCCGCUACCACAAUUUUAGUCGGCCCUUCACUCUUUUUAUUCUGUUGUGACGAAAGCGGCUAACCAGUCACCUACUGUCACUUUCUCUCCUAUUGUUGAAUUUCUCCCAAGUCCCAAGAUGACGGUCGACAUCUUCACCGAGUUCCGGUCCGAGGACAUCACGGAUGCCAUGUUGGACGAUGCAGCCCGCCUCUUCAGCGAGCAGUACGGAAUUUGGGGCGUCCACCCUCCCAACCGCAAGAGCGGAAAGCCAGGGACUCGUAUCAGGAUGAGUGCCUCGCAGCUUCGGAGCCAGUGUUUGCCAGAGGGCGCCCGCUGCUCCUACGUAAGCGCCACCGUCGAUGGCACCCUCGCUGGCCAUGCAUUCGCCUGCCGCUGGGAUUACAAGAACAUGCAGGUGUGCUGGGUCACCCAGCUCGUCGUCCAUCGCGACCACAGACAACGCCGCCUCGCGACCCGCAUUAUCGAGAAGGUCCGCAAGACCGAGGACGAGAUCUUUGGCAUCAUUAGCGCACAUCCGGCCGCGUGCAUGGCCAUGUCUAAGGCUUGCGCGGACACCUCUUUCCCACACUUCCGCCACCCGUCUGCUCCAGAACAAGUAGCGAUUAUGACCGCAUCUCCGAUCGCCCAUAUCAGGGAAGCAGAGCUGCGCGGCAAGCUUUUCGUGCCCGCCGACGUACACACUGGCCUUCAUUCCGGUGUCGAUUCCAACUUUUUCGUCGACCACGAGGAGCCGUUCGCCGCCCUUGCGUGGCUAGAAUGGGAACGUCUGUGGCCGCUUGGCGCCUUGCCCGACGGCCACGAGUAUUUACUAGUCUUCACGUGCAGGUCGUCACGCCUUGAACGCGCCAAGUUUCUACUCGAACCGCGCCUCAAGAUGCCCAGUUUCACCUAGACGUGUACCACGAUCAUGUUCAUGAUUCUGCGCCUUGGUGUUGACGAAACGCAACGGGUCAGGGAUCUAGGGACCUGAUCGGCGUUCCAAGAACCUGCCAGUGAUGCAAGGAAGUUUCCAGAUAACGUGUAGCAUUCUUUAUGCACGCAUCAUCCUUCUGAGCCUAAAGUUGGUUUCUUUUGCUUCUAUACGUCAUGACUCCGGGCGCCGGGCCGGAUGUGGGCCAGGAUCGGCAUCCCCGUCCGCCCCGGGAUGCAACCCCUCAACGCCGUGAAAGAGACGGGAGAGAGUGACAAUCCGUGA